ACGGCCAUUUUGGCGUUCAGCUUGUGUAGUUUGGGUACACCAUAGUUUGGGGUCACGUAGCGUGUGCUUUUUAUUCUUAAAAGCAGCGCAAACGCAUUAUUUGAGGCAUCAGAUCGGCGGUGAAGGUAACGAAGCUAGCGGAUUGAUCCCGAAAAACAGCUAAGAUGACUCGUCAUGCUCGCAACUGCACUGCUGGGGCGGUGUACACCUACCACGAGAAACAGAAGGACACGCAGACGUGCGGCUAUGGGACCCAGAAGAUGCGCUUGGGCAAGGACGCGGUCAAAGACUUUGAUUGCUGCUGCCUGUCCUUGCAGCCAUGUCGGAAUCCUGUCAUCACGCCCGACGGUUUCUUGUUUGACAAGGAGGCCAUCUUGGAGUACAUCAUACGCCGCAAAGCCGAAAAUGCGCGCCUACUCAAGGAGUACGAAGCCCAGAAGAGGAGAGAUGAGAAAGAGCUGGCGGAACUCGCUGCCGCAGAACAGAGAUCCAAAGCACAGUCCUUUGUGAAGAAGGAAAGCACCAUCGUCAGCACGCCGUUGGCAUCGGCAAACGGAAGCAGGUUUGCGGACGACGACGAGAAGCCAAGCGUGUCCAACAUGACGAGCGGAAAGGACGGCCAGCUGCCGAGCUUCUGGGUGCCCUGCCUAACGCCCAGCGCCGAGAAAAAAAAGAUGGACAAACCGAAAAACGUGGUGCUGUGCCCCAUGAGCGGCCGUCCCAUCAAAGCCAAGGAUCUUUUUCCCAUCAAGUUCACCCCGGUCGUUGACCCCGACGACAAGGCCUCCCUCAUCACCAAAAAGGCCAGAUUCAUGUGCGCGGUCACUCACGACAUCCUGGGCAACUCCGUUCCCUGCGCAGCUCUCAAGACGUCUGGGAAUGUGGUGACCAUGGAGUGCGUCGAGAAGCUGCUCAAGAAGGACUGGCUCGAUCCGACCAACGGCAAGACUUUGACCGAAGCAGACAUCAUACCUCUGCAGAGGGGUGGCACGGGCUACGCCAGCACCAACGUCCAGCUGGAUGCCAAAGUGAAGAAGCCCGUCAUGACGGUGUAACCUCUACCCUCGACAGAAGCACAGCAUUGUACAGUGUUUGUAUGUUGAUUAAUUGUCGUGCAAUAUACAGCGUCUCCUACCGGGCAUCGGCGAAAAAAACUGUCUCGUCAAUUUGGCUCCGAGACCGGUGCUUCCCGGCAACAAUUAAAACUCCACUCUCUCGCUGUCAUGCAGACAAAAGUCAAGGUGUGUGAACAUUAUAGUUUUUUUUUUAAUGGAAGGAAACUACCACUCUGUACAUAACGUUUUGUUUUCAUAUGUUGUCAGCAUUUUUUAAUUUUUUUAUUUUGUUCUUUCAAGGUCUUGUUACUACGUGUACCCUACAGUAACAUGUCUCGAGUUUUUUUUUUUUUUUUUUUUGACACUGCAAUCAUGUUUUUUUCUGUCCCCGAAAUCUCCUGAAACCCGUCAUUUCUUAAAUGCCGGUUGGUUAUCACCCGUGGGAAAAACGGCACGUAAAUGCCUGGAAUGAGGACGGUCUCAACACAAACAACAAAGUUUUUGCAAACGUUUUGCAUGUACCAGACAAUACAAAAAUGAAUUAGGCAAGAAAGGGCAACAUCUAAUGCAUUCGGAAAACUGGGAAGCCCAGUGAAUGCAGUACCAAACUCGCACAGAAAAAACAGAGUUCCACAGAAUGCAAACUAAACAAUAAAACUCGUAAAUUAAAAAAAAAAAAAAAAAAUUGUGGGGCGGGGCAGGCAAAAAUACUGUACUUUUCGCUAUCCUUUACCCAAGUCAGCAGUAAGAUUCUGUUAGUGCCUUCCAGGCAAUCAAGAUUAUAUAUCCAUGUAUGCAUCCACACAAUAACAGUUCCACAUAAAAACUUGGUAUUUUUCUAAAAAUGCAUUUGUUUUGCUGCAACUGCUUACUCGUCCCCCCCCAAGGAACUUGUAGGAAAAAAAGAAUUGGGAGAAAUAAAUAGUCCUUUCUCGUUC